CUUGUUAGUGUGAUUCCGGAACGCGCCGCUAAAAGAACGCCACCACCCAACGACAUUCUAUCCCUACGAAGUGCGCACCAGCCGUCAGGACAGAUCUCAGAGUCGUCAAUUGACUUAUCCAGUUUGUUCCAGAAGGUGCCCCUAAUGUCUUCGGAAGCAGAGAUAGCUCAGUUUUUUGAAGCCGUUGAAAACAAUAAUAUAGAAAAAGCUGAUGAACUGCUAUCUUCGACUGUGGACGUUAAUGUACGAUUUGUUGAAGUGAAGAAUCGCACUGCCCUGCACGUGGCGGCCCACGCGGGCCACUACGACCUGGUAGAAUUGCUGGUAGAUCGACACGGAGCAGACAUCAAUGCACCAGACAUCGAGGGCGAAAUCCCUCUGCAGCUCGCCACAGACGGUCACUACAUGAAGAUAGUCAAGUUCCUCGUAAACAGAAACUCCAAAAAGCGCGAGUACGCGGCGCGCUUUCUAAACACUGACGAAGUAGAAGAAUUCUUCCAAGCAGCCAAAGCGAAUGACAUCCAGAGGGUGACGGAGUUAUUAGACACUGGUGUGGAUGUGAACUCGGUAGAUUUGUCUGAUCUACAUCGAUCAGCGCUGCAUGUCGCGGCUCGGGAAGGUCAUUGCGAUCUAGUCCGCCUGCUCCUUGAUCGUGGUGCUUAUAUGCAAUACGAAGACGACACGGACGAGAGCGCGUACCACGUAGCUCUGAACAACGACCACGAUAAUAUAACCAAUUUGCUUUUAGAAGCGGGCUAUAUUCCCGACCCGCGCGACGAGACCUCUUCAGGCAGUGACUCUGAUGUUAGUUUAAACGAUUUCUUCCAAAAUACUUUUAAUUAAGAAAUAU